AUGAGUAACUCAGCUGAUGAAACUUCCAGCAAGUUUUUCAUUUCAGCCAAAAACAGUGCUGAGCUGCACAAAUUGGGUGAGAGAAUCAGUGUAAUCAGCGGUGUCUACACAGUCGACUAUGAUGAUUCAUAUGCCUGUGACGUAUCUUGCGAUUAGAAAACAGCCGGUGGGAGGGGGUUGACAGUGAGAAUGAACUGA